AUGACUAUCGCUUUUUCCUUUUCUUAUGGCUUAUUUCUUUUUUUCUUCAUCUCUUUUCUUUUUCUUUCUUUUUUCUUCAUCCCUUUUCUCAUCUGCUUCUUUCUUCUUCCUUCUUUUCUUCGAUUUUCUCUUCAACUUUUGUCCUACAUCUCUCUCUCUCUUUUUCUUCUCGCGUUCUUUUUUUUUUUUUUUUCCACUUUCUAUUGUAUAACUUGUUCUCCCCCUCCUCCUUCUCCUCAAAUUUAUUCCUCUUCCUCCUUUCUUUUCCUCUUUUUUAUUCUAUUCAUAUUUGUACUUUUCUUAAACCUUUUAUUUUUUUCGCCUUUCUUCUGCUUCUUCCAUCUUCUUUUCUUCUUCUUUUCUUGCCUAUUCUUCCCUUUAAUCUUUCACUUCUUGCUUACAUCACUAAUUCGUUACUAUCUCUUCUUCUUCUUCUUCUUCUUCUUCUUCUUCUUCUUCUUCUCCUCCUCCUCCUCCUUUCUCCUCUAUAACUUUUUCUUCUCCUCCUCUUCCUCCUCCUCCUCAUUCUCCCUCAGCCUCCUCCUUCUUUUUCUUCUUUGCACUCCCUUUCAAAUUCAAAUGAUUGAUUGUGUGACUUUUUCAUGCACUCGGCCGGCCAUUACCAAAGAGCGCCUCCGGAUAUUGAGCCAAUAUCGAUAA